UAUAUUGUCAAAAACAGGUGUCAAUAAACAAGUUUACAGCGGCAAAUAUAUUUUCAAAGCGAAAUUUAUUUAUUUUUAAUAGAAUAGGAAGCACACAUAUAUUUUUCAUAAAUUUUACGUCCAAAGAAUGGAAGACGACUGUAACGAUGGCCCGUUCACUGUGUGGCAAAUGUUCAAUGCUCCAACUCUGGUUCUGUUCAACAAUUUGGAGCAUGCUGCUGAUGGUCUGGAAAGAUUGCUAACUUCGAUAUUAAAACUAACAGGGGAUUUUUCAGAAGUGCUAGUACCUCGCCCGGGGACUUUUAAGUGUCCUGAUUCAUUUUACUGUGCCUUUGAUACAUGGCUUCUAGGCAGAUUAUUUUAUAUGUGCUCAGUGCAAGAGCUACAUCAAAUUCACAUAACCAGCAAGGAUGCUCAAUUGAAAAUUAUAAACAUACUGUGCACAAAUGGGGCACCAUUCUACAAAAAAUUGCAUUCUGAAUACUAUGUGAUUUUACUACAACUUUUUCAGUAUUAUAAAAAUGUUUACAGUAACAAUAAUGCAUAUUUAUUGCUGGAAAACUUCACACCUGAAAAAGUGGAAAUACCAAAUCUAGAUAUUAAUUUAGAACCAAUCUAUGUUAAAGUAAAAGAUAUCAAUACAUGCAAGACAUUAAUCGAUUUAAUCCUCCAGCUAUUGUCUGAAAGCAUACCACCUAGCUUACUAAAUAAUAAACAAAAAGAUCUGGAAGAAAAAGUUUUUGCACAAUUACUGUAUGCUAUAGAAAAUUUUAGCAUAGAUCUGAAAUAUUGUUGCCUAAAGUUUUUCCUACAAUUGAUUCAAAACAUGAACAAAGUAUGCAUAACAAAAUUUCAUACACAUUUUCCAAUAAUCUAUGGGAAAAUGCUAUCAUGUAUUGAAGCACUGGUUCAGUCUAUGAGUUUACUCUAUGAGAAAUCUGAAAUCAACAAUAUACUGCUUACUAAUUUUAAUAUAAUUUUAGUAGAUUUUCUGAAGGUUAUAACAACUGACCUUGAAAUGGCAAACAUUAAUGUUCUGGUAGGAAUCUGUUCCACAAUUCUUAACAAACAUGUAAGCAGAAUCUUCAAUAAAGAACUAAAGCUCUACUGUUUAUCACUGAGUAGUAAACUGGAGUUCCCUCAAGAUCUGAUUAGUAUUACAGACAUGGAUGUCAGUCAAAUUGAAAAACUAUCUGAUUGCUACUGUGACCAAAUUCUGAAAUAUAUUCAGAGCAAUGCAACAACACUUGAUAAACAACUUGACUUAAAUGAUAAUUGGUACUACAAAGAAGUGAUGAUAGUUAUUGAAUCUAUACAAUCGAACGAAAAUUUCAAAAAUGAUUUAUUUCUUAUAAAUCAUCACUUGGCAAGAAGUGUCGCGUGUUUGAGUAUACUAGAAGAAGUUCGUACAGAAACUAAAAAACGACUUGUAAAAAAUAAACCUAAAAGAUUACUAGAUAAACAAGUUGCCUUAGAUAUUUGGGCAACUUUAGUCCAACUAAUAAAAGAUCACAAAAAUUUGAUAACUAGCAAUGACUGUACAAAUGAUUUGGUUAUGCACACUGUACUUAGUACAAUAAAUUUAUGUGAAACAAUGACCAAUGAUGACAUAAACGUAACUUUGCAACUAUUAUGUUUUCAAAACUCUGCACAGUUCUCUGAGAACAAUUUUGCAUGUUUCAGUCAUAGUACAAUAUUAAAAAUAUUGAAGUAUCUUUUAAUAGCAAAACUUUAUACAAAGACUAAAGUCAAUGAUACUUGGAACAAAACAAUUUUACUCUUGUAUAGCUCAGCUCUACAGAAUAAUACAUCAAGUGGGAUUGUUGAUUUGUGUCCACUUCUGCUUGUCAACAAAGUGCUGUCUGCAAGUAAAAUUAUUGGAGACAUAUUGAUGCCAGCUUUUAUGACAAAGAAAGCUGAUACUCAAAAAGAAGUUUUUAAGUCAUUAUCUGCUAUUGCUUGUCUAUCAUUAGGGGCUAGCCAUAUUAUUUUAGAAAAUGUUAAAAAACCUAUGGGUACCAAAUUAUUUACAAGUAAAACUAUUGCAGUAUGUCUUUGUUGUACAGAGUGCCAUAUUAUUAAUGAGUCACAAUUGAAAAAGGAUUUUGAAAUAUAUGCUGUAGAGGAGAAUAUAAUAACAUCAAGUAAAAGUACUAUGUACACUGCUGUGAAGCAAUUGUUUGGCAAAUUUUUGAAUAUGCAAUUGUGCACGAAUAUUGAUGAUGAAUAUUGGGACUUAGUUAAAGUGUUAUGCAAUCAUUUUUACAUAUUUGAUUAUGGCGUUUCAACUAAAAUUGUUAGUGAAAAUUACAUAAAAGAAGUUCUGCAGACUUUCAAACCUUUUAUCGAUAAUAACCAGGGUGAUAAAUAUCCAGAAUGGAGCUCUAAUCGGGAGUCUUUAGUGAAUUUAUGUAUCAAUUUACUAGUACAAUCUACCAGAAUAAGUUUAGAAAACAAUGAUUACAACCAACAGACUCUUACGUUAUGUCGCAUAAAAGACUUAGGAUUAUGUCGUAACGAUAAAUUAAUUUUACCAAUAACAAAACUUCUGGUUUACUUCAUUAUGCACCCACAAUGCUCCCUCGCAUCUAAGGCGAUUGUCUAUUUAAGGGAUAUUUGUGAAUUUCAUGAGCUCACUCCAAACCAAGUCUAUCAAAGAUACAAAAAAGAUUAUUGUAAACUUUUCGUUGAAUGCAGUCUUUACAAUGGGAAAGACUUUGCGAUAUAUUUACUGAAGGUUGUAAGAGCUUUCGGAUUUGUUGGUUAUAGAGAUUUCAUAUCAAAAGAUGUUCAUCAUUUUUUGCCCUAUCUAAUGCCUUAUUCUGUGGUUGUGAAAGAAGUUCCAUCAAUGAUAGAAGAAAUUGCAACACUUGUUCAAUGUUCGGUAUCUGAUUUUCUUAUUGAGAGGUUUCCACAUAUAUAUGUUCACGUUUAUUUAACUGAAUCGAAAGAGUCGUCUAAAAAGUGUCAUCAAAUAAUUGAAAGAUUAACAAAAUCUUCCACUUUAAAUCUAAUAAAAAAGCAUUUUAGAGUGAUAUUAACAGAAUUUUUGUUGCAGUACUGCAUUAAUCCCGAGAGGGUUUUGAAUGCAUGUAGGUAUUUAGCAUGCCAUGAUCCUGAUGCUUCGACUCCUCAAGGCAGCAUGAGUAUGAGCACCAGACAAAUCGCAGAUUUUCUGAAUCCGAAAUUUCUGGGUGUUCUAGCAUAUUUUGACCACAAACUGGUCAAUGCCAAAGUUGCUUUGUCAGUUAAGCGCAAAGCUUUGAAAAGUUUUCCUGAUAUAAUGCAGUUAAUGGGAGCUAAGUAUCUGACUCCUUUAAGGUUUAAAGUCCUUGCCACAUUGAAAUCUGCUUUGCCUUUAGCGAGAGAGUUUCCAAAAAUACUGGCCGAGGCGUGGGGUGCUUUUAUACACAAUAUAGACAGUGUCUCUUUGGGUCCCUUGCUCUCAAAUUUAGCGGUUUCGUUGUUGCAACAAUUUAAUUAUGCGCCACAAGAGAUUAAUAAAAUUUUCCAAUAUCUAAUUCUUAAUAAUGAAAAUUUAUUGAGUUCAUAUAUUUCCGAUUUGUUCUUCAUUGAAGAUUCUAAUAUUUCUGAAAGGGUUAAAACUGUUAUUAAAAAACACGUCAAAAGAACGCAACCGGAAGGUUUUCAAGAGAAAAUUAAAUGGUACCUGCAGCAUUUAAGUCAUGAUAUUUGUAACAUUAAAACACAUGCUUUUUUGCAUAUGGACAGAUUGUUGAAGAACAAUCGAUCGGAAAUACACAAAGCCAUAUUUGGUGGUAAAAAUAUAGAGGCUUAUAUAGUGGACCUCAUAGAUCAAUUGCUUAUUGGUUGCAAAGACUCAGAUCCCCAGGUAUGUUUGGCAAGCGGAUCAUGUUUUGGUCAGCUAGGUGCUAUAGAGGCAGGUCACCUACCCAGACAAUAUGUACAACCGGAUAGAUCACCAUUCGCCUUUUCGAUAAAUGAUAACUGCUUUGCAGCGACUGCCCUCGUUGAAUUGACUAGAGCGUUUCAGUACGAGAAAGAUACUAUUAACAUGGAUUGCUAUGCGCUUACAAUACAAGAAAUAUUAAAAAUAUAUGACAUAUCACCAACUGGAUCUAAAAAAAAUGUUUGGGACAGCUUUCCUGAAAAUAUGCAUCAAAUAAUGCAUCCACUUCUUAGUUCCAGGUACACAUUGGCCUAUCCUUCUCAACCGAAAAAAGUUCAUCCCCUCUUUGGAUCUGUAUAUGCAACAACAUUUUUGGAAUGGGCUCAUAACUGGACAAGUCAAUUAAUACCGCUUAUUGAGUCAGAAAGUAUACGCGAACUAUUGCGUACAGUCCAUCCGAGUAUGCGUCGCGACGUUCGAACGCUAUUUCUGUUUCUGCCAUACGUACUACUUCACGCCAUCAUGUCCAAAAACAAUAUGCAAUAUGUACAGGAGGAAAUUUUAGCUGUAAUAGGCUUAGAAAAUUUGGAAAACGAAAUUCUACCUGUAAUGGAAAGAUCAAAAUAUAAAAUGUUACGUCAUAUUAGAAUGACUCCUAACAUAAAUUCAAUUCAAGCCGAGGAAGGAAACCAAGGUAAAUGUAGUAAGACAGUGUACACUCUAUUGGAUUUCUUAAAUCGUUGGUUACUAGAAUGGUGUCAUGUGAAACAGAAACCCUUAGAGAAUGAGAAUUAUAAGUCUAUCAAGAAAUUUAUGGAAAAAUUCGACAAGCUUGCCAUUGCGCGUGGAAAUUUCUCAUGUGGGGAGCUGGAAAGGGCCUUGCAAUACCUGGAACUUUAUAUGGAUGAGCAAAAGGGUAGAAUGCAGGAGCAAUUACCACUGCUGGCAGAAAUUUACGCUCUUUUAGACGAACCGGAUUCAGUAGCUGGAAUCCUAUCGUUGAAAAGAUCAGAGCCAUCUCUCAAAGAGUUGAUAUUGACUCAAGUGGUCACAGGCCGCUUGCAGGACGCCGCCCUGUGCUAUGAAAGAUUGGCUCAGGAAGGUCAACUCGAUCGUCAUAGUUUGCAGGGCAUGAUAGAUUGCUACCUUGGUCUCGAUCAGCCCUUCACAGCUUGUCGAUUACUCAGUGAACACGAUUCCGAGGAUAUGAUGGAGUUGACUGCGGAACCUUUAUGGCGAUUGGGCAGGUUCGAACAGUUGGACGAAUUAGCCAAGAAACCGGUGCCAUCAUCUCGCGAGAACUGGGGUCUUUUAAUGGGCAGGAUCCUUCUGGCAUAUCGUAGUGAAAAGCAAGAUUUAUUCAAGAUUUCCUGUGACAAUGCCAUGAAUCGUUUACUGUCACAAAUGGACGGUGAGAGUAGAGGCGAAAGUGCUUUACGGAGUGGAUAUCAGAGUAUACUCGGACUGCAUAUCAUUACUGAAGCUUCACACGCCGAAAAUGUUCUCCAAAGACUGAAAGAGUUAGAUGACGGUAAUGACAGUAGCACAGAUAUAGUAAAUCAGCUGUUAAGCGAAUGGCGACAGCGUUUGUCCGUCGUUCAAUCAGAUGUCCGUACCGUGGAGCCGUUGUUAAGAAUAAGAAGAAUAUUAUUGCAGCAGACACAGGAACUAUUGGAACCAAGUCAUCCCGUAACAGCAAACAAACUAAGAACAUGCAUUGGCGACUUAUGGCUGCAAAGCGCAAAACACGCCAGAACAGCUGGCAUUUUCCAACAGUCCUAUAUGUACAUUCUUAACGCUGAGGAAUACAAACCGGAGGAGCUAUUUAUCGAGAAAGCCAAGAUAUAUUGGGCACGUGGGCAACAGGAACAAUCAUUUACAACUCUCAGAAGGGGUCUUGAAGAAGCUUAUCCGCAAAUAGAUAAGCUUACUCAGGAACAAAGAAAAAUAUGUGCUAAAGCAAGGCUUUUAAUAGCGAAAUAUAAUGACGAAACAACGAAUGUGGACGUUGAUGUCAAUAUUGGCUACUACAAAGAGUCAGUUGAAGUGUUCAAACAAUGGGAGAAAAGUUUGGUCUGCUUAGGGACAUACUACGAAAAAGUCAGUACAACUGAGACGGCAAACAACACAAAUACCUUAUGGUCACGAAGGUUGUAUGCUCUCAACAGCUACGGAAAGGCGUUGCAAUAUGGGCACAAGUAUUUGUACCAGAGUAUGCCUAGGAUGCUGUCUAUAUGGUUGGACGUAGAAGUCACUUCAUCAGAUACUAGCAUCCACGCAAUAUUGGCCCAAAUGACUGAAGUGAUAAAGACAUACUCGGAAAGGUUGCCUAUUUACCUCUACUUGACGGCUUUUUCGCAAAUUGUGUCAAGAAUUUGUCACCCUGUUAAAGAGGUAUAUUUACAACUAAAAGCGAUCAUAGUCAAGUUAAUUUUGGCAUAUCCUCAACACACGCUGUGGAUGAUGAUGUGUGUGAUCAAGUCAAGUUAUCCCCAAAGAAUGAAGCGAUGCGCGGAUGUUUUCUCUGACUCAAGACUGAAAGAGCCACAUAUGUUGAAACUCGUGUGCGACUUUACUCAGUUAGCUGAGAAACUCAUCGAGCUGUGUAAUAAACCUAUAGUGGGGAGUGGGUCGACUACAACUGUAACGUCACUGGUUCGAACACUACCGCGUCUUCUCGCCGGAGAGAACUUUAGUCAUAUCAUGAUGCCCUUCCAGGAGUUCUGUAAGGUAGUACUUCCUUCGAAAGCGGCUCGUCAAGAGCGUAUAGAUUUUAAUAUACCUACGGAACCACCGGUGUACAUAGCUGGCAUUGAAGAGCAGAUAAAUAUUAUACCGUCUUUGCAAAAACCGAGGAAAGUAACAUUAAAAGGUUCGGAUGGAAAGUCCUAUAUAAUAAUGCUGAAGCCCAGAGACGAUCUUCGCAAGGACUACCGUCUGAUGGAGUUCAACGUAGUCGUUAACAGAUUCCUUCAAGACGCCCCAGAAACACGUCGUAGAAGACUUUACAUACGGACUUAUAGCGUGUUGCCUUUGAAUGAAGAGUGUGGUCUUAUUGAAUGGGUGCCAAAUCUAGUAGGAUUGAGGCCCGUACUUAUGCAUAUUUAUAAGCAAAAAGGUAUACAUACAAGUAACCGGGAACUAAAAGAAAUGAUGUGCUCUAAUCGAGAUCCGGUGGAGAAAAAGCGUCGUAUUUACGAGGAACAACUUUUAGUGCGUCACCCACCUGUCUUCCAGGAGUGGUUUCGAAGAGUAUUCUCAGACCCCUAUGGAUGGUAUCAAGCAAGAUCUGCGUAUAUAAGAACAACCGCUGUUAUGUCUAUGGUUGGUUAUAUUCUAGGUUUAGGAGAUCGACACGGCGAAAAUAUAUCAUUCGACUCGACUAAUGGCGAUACAGUCCACGUGGAUUUCAACUGUCUGUUCAACAAGGGAGAGUCCUUUGAAUGGCCGGAACGAGUGCCGUUUAGACUCACACACAACAUGGAGUCUGCUAUGGGACCUCUGAAACAUGAGGGCAUGUUCAGGAAAAGCUGUGAAGCUGUGAUGCACGCAUUACGCGCUCAGACCGCAGCCCUAAUGUCGGUGAUCGGGCCCUUCGUGUACGACCCGCUAGUGUCGUGGGGCCGCGGGCGCUCCGCCCCGCUUGAUUGCGGAGAGCGUACCAACGAGCAGGCGUUGCAACAUCUGUCGCACAUCCGGCAACGGCUUAAUGGGAUGGUUAAAACAAAGAACAAGCAGUUGUCACUGUCGCUGUCGCCGGAGGGUCAAGUGGAACACCUCAUCGUUGAAGCCACUAGCAUACACAACCUCUGUCAAAUGUAUAUCGGCUGGGGACCGUUUCUGUGAUACUGUUUUAAACAUAUAAUAGCCACUAAUAUAACUGUGGUAAAAAAGUGCCAUUUAAAUUUUGAAACAGAAGCAAUAGAUGUAAGAUUUACAAAGUGACCUUAUCAAUAAAACUAAUU